AUGAAUUUCUUUGGACUUCGAGGGAGGAAACUCCAGAUGGCCCAGAUCUGGGCGGUCAUUCUGCCGUGUUAUCUCUUAUUCGGAUAUAACAACUCCAUUGCUGGAGGAUUCCUCAGUCUUCCGUCGUGGGUCGAAACCUUUCCUGCCCUAGACACCGUACACACCAAAGGAGCCACCAGAGACCAUAACUCGACCCUUCAAGGAACUGUCGUAGCUAUGUACACCCUGGGCUGUCUCUUCGGCUGUCUCAGCUGCAUCUGGCUGGGCGAUAAGCUCGGCAGGAAGAAGACCAUAAUUUUUGGCGCCUUGGUCAACACGAUAGGUGCAGCUCUCCAAGCCUCCUCCUACUCGCUGCCGCAACUUAUAAUCGGUCGAUUGGUUUCUGGAUACGGUUUUGGUCAUAUUACAGCUACAGCUCCCAACUGGCAAGCAGAGUGUUCUGGCGCUGCUCAUCGCGGUGCAGCGGUGAUGCUCGAAGGCUUGUUCAUCUCCUUUGGCUUGGCCAUCGGAGGUUGGACGAAUCUGGGCAUGUCCUUCCAUCACGGGUCUGUCACUUUCCGAUUCCCAAUGGCCCUGUCGGGCGGCCGAGUUGAUCGUGCAAGAGAGGUUCUAGCCGACUUGACCAACACUGAGGCAGGUUCUGUCGAGGUCCGCGAGGCAAUCCGUGAAAUCGAGAGAUCCCUGGCCCUCGCAGGAGAAGCCAAGAUCAAGGACAUUUUCACCAAUGGCCCGCUCCGCCUCUUACACCGUAUGUGUCUCGCCUGCGCGGCGCAAUGCUUCCAGCAAAUGAGCGGCAUCAACGCCCUCGCCUUCUACCAGGCCAAGAUCUUCGAGGACUACCUUGGCCAAACUCCAAGGGCGGCUAAGAUCAUCGCUGCUUCGGUCUUUACCUGGCAGACCAUCUGCUCUCCCAUUGGUGUUUUGACUGUGGAUAGAUUUGGGCGUCGCAAACUGAUGAUGAUGUCGUCUUUGGGGAUGGGCGUUUGUAUGGCUGUUGUUGCGGGCGGGUCGUCACAGUCGGGGAAUACGGCGUCGGUGGGAGUUGCGGCGGCCUUCAUCUUCCUUUUCUCGCUAUUCUUUCCUACUGUGUUUCUUGGGCUUACGUUUCUAUAUGCUGCUGAGAUCUCACCCCUCAGUCAUCGAGUGCCCAUCACGGCCAUGUCAACUGCCACUGCCUGGCUAUUUAACUUUGUUGUUGCCGAAAUCACUCCCAUUGGACUGGCUACUCUCAAGUACAGGUACUACAUCAUCUACGCUGCCAUUAACAUCUGUCUCACUUUCCCGAGCGUGUACUUCUUCUUCCCGGAGACCAGCGGUCUACACCUGGAGGAGGUCGACGCCAUCUUCUUAGAGAGUAGCAAUAUCUUCGAAACAGUCUCCAUUGCCAGACGUAGCCGAUUAGUUAGUCGCAGGGGCAACAUUAAUAAUGGGAAGGAAGAGAAACAAGAAGUGACACAAAUUGAGAAGGGGACGCCAGCACCUUAA